AUGGACCCCAAACAAGCCGUCAGGGCCGUCCCCGGCCCGGCCACUGCAGCCGCGGGCCCUGUGGCCGACCUGUUCCGAGCGUCACAGCUGCCCGCAGAGACGUUGCACCAGAUCACAGAACUGUGUGGUGCAAAGCGGGUUGUUUAUUUUGGUCCAACACAGUUUUACAUUGCCUUAAAAUUGAUUGCUGCAGCACAGUCUGGCCUCCCUGUACGGAUAGAGAAUAUUAAAUGUGAACUGCCACUGCCUCGCUUUAUGAUGUCAAAGACCGAAGCUGAGAUACGAUUUGGGAACCCGGCUGAACUGCAUGGAACUAAGGUUCAGAUUCCAUAUUUAAUCUCAGAAAAAAAUACGUUCAAAAGAAUGGAUGAUGAGGAUAAACAGCAGGAAACACAGUCUCCCACGAUGUCACCCCUGGCCUCCCCUCCUACUUCCCCGCCUCAUUACCAGAGGGUGCCCUUGAGCCAUGCCUACGGCAAACUGCGGAGCAGCUCGGAGCAGAUGCAACCAGCUCCUUAUGAAGCUAGACAGCCCCUUGUCCCACCUGAAGGACCCUUGUCGGGGGCCCCAGGAGCCAAGCCCCUUCGCCAUCAGGCUUCCCUUAUUCGGUCCUUUUCCGUGGAGAGAGAACCACAGGAUAACAGCAGUAAUUACCCAGAUGAACCCUGGAGGAUAACGGAAGAACAGCGCGAGUACUAUGUCAAUCAGUUCCGAUCCCUUCAGCCUGACCCGAGUUCCUUCAUUUCAGGUUCUGUGGCCAAGAACUUCUUCACCAAAUCAAAGCUUUCUAUUCCGGAACUCUCCUACAUAUGGGAACUGAGCGAUGCCGACUGUGAUGGAGCCCUGACCCUGCCUGAGUUCUGUGCUGCGUUUCAUCUUGUUGUGGCCCGGAAAAACGGCUACCCGCUGCCCGAGGGCUUGCCUCCGACUCUGCAGACAGACUACCUGCAAGCAGCUUUUCCUAAGCCCAAGUGGGAGUGUGCGUUAUUUGAUUCUUAUUCUGAGUCAAUGCCUGCAAACCAACAACCUCGUGACUUGAAUCGGAUGGAGAAGCUAUCUAUUAAAGACAUGGCUGACUUUCCUGUCCCAACCCAAGAUGUGACUAGUGAUGACAAGCAAGGUUUGAAAAGUUCUACAGAUGAAGCAUUACCAAAGGACACAUCUGAGGACCAAGCCGCAUCUAAGGAUUCCAACAGCCUCAAAGCAAGACCAAGAUCCAGAUCUUACUCUAGCACCUCCAUAGAAGAGGCCAUGAAAAGGGGCGAGGACCCUCCCACCCCGCCACCGCGGCCACAGAAAACCCACUCCAGAGCCUCCUCCUUGGAUCUGAAUAAAGUCUUCCAGCCCACUGUGCCAGCUACUAAGUCAGGAUUGUUACCACCACCACCUGCGCUCCCUCCAAGACCUUGUCCAUCACAGUCUGAACAAGCGUCUGAGGCUGAGAUACACCCCCAGCUGAAUAGAGCCCCCUCCCAAGCUGCUGAGAGUAGUCCAGCGAGGAAGCCUCCAUCAAAGCCCAUCCGAAGGAAAUUUCGACCUGAAAACUCAGCUACAGAAAACCAAGAGACUUCUACCACCGUUGGCGGGCCAGCAUCAGCAGCAACUGUGAAACCACAUGCGGCAGUCCAAAAACAGUCUUCCAAACAGAAGAAGGCUAUUCAGACUGCCAUCCGCAAAAAUAAAGAGAUAAACGCAGUGCUGGCCCGGUUGAACAGUGAACUCCAGCAGCAGCUCAAGGAGGCUCAUCAAGAACGGAUUGCAUUGGAAAGCCAAUUGGAACAGCUUCGUCCCGUCACUGUGUUGUAAUCCCCAAGAUUCAAGUAACAAUGGGCGACUUUUUCUGCCAAGAUCUUUCCUUUGAAUGUUUCAACCCAACUACUUGUCAUAGAUGUCCAAGACUCUGUGAAAAGCUGUGAGCAGCAGAAUAUAAUCCAUAUUUCCUUUUCUCUUAUAGUUCACUUGUACGUUUUACUCUGGUGGAAAAAAUACAAUCGGUUAUCACACUUGAAAUUGUGAUUAUCAGUGGAAUUUAUCUCCCAUUCUUAAGUGCUUCCUCAAGUUGUUAGAUGUUGCUCCUUACCAAAAACCAAUCUUCUAGCAAAUGAAAACAAGUUAGAGCAUUAUUUAUUUAAAGAAUUUUUGAUUUGUAUAAAACCUCAUAACGUGGUACCUUCUGUUUUGUUUUUGUAUGUAUAUCAAAUACAGUAGGUUGGUUUCCUGAAUAAUUGGGAUUCCAACUGGAUAAUCUUUGGCAUGAUGAUAAAAACUACAACUAAAACAAGAGCAUCAGAUUUAGAUUGGCACUGUGCCCUCCACCACCAUACGCCAGAAACUGCUUCUCUAGUGCCAUUUUGACAUUAUAUCUAGCUAUAAAUAUUACAUAACUAUUGUUUUCUGUUGAAUGGCAGAGAUUUAUUGGGUCUUUGCACCUCUGUAAAGUGCAAGUUUUGUCAGUGAUCUAUUUAACUUGGCCCAGCUAGGCCGUCAACUCACAGAACUCAGCCCUUUCAUGUAAAUUUUUGGGCAAGAGCAAUCUGCUUUUUUAACUGCCUCACCCGAUCAAACUGAACAAAUAGUUGCCAGAUCUCUACUUUUAUCCUGCAUGGGAUAACAUAUCUGUAAAUGCAUGUAUCUGGAAACUGCCUAUCAGAUGUGAGAGGUUGAAGAGAUUGUUUGGACUCAUAAAUAUUUUUUGCUUGAACCCAGGUAUUCAACCCGGGGAAGAAGGGGAACUGGUUGUUACCGCAGUCCGACAACUCUGGUAGUUAUUUUUGUCUCUUAUUUUAACCCGGAUUCUGAUUCUAUUGAGUACGAAGAAAUAAUGAACGAAAACCCAUCUUCACUCUGGACGUACAACUGUCCGUUCUGUGCAAAGUGUCCUCUGGGGGAGUGGUUGGUUUAUGUACCAUCCAGCAGGGCCAAACGGACUCCUUUGAAUGUGAUGUAAAACCAUGAGCUCAUACUGCAGAAGCCAAUGUGCUGUAGAAACUUUGUCACCUGCUCCCCCUGAAAGCUCAAGUUGAAAGUGGGAAUUGAUUGACCCUCACAGGGGUCAGGGCAUGCCUGCUUUAUCAUCACUUGGAGAGACUGAUUACAAGAAAUACUGUCUCUUGUGCAUUUUACUAAUUUACCCAUUUUUACAACAGAGGGGUGGGGUGUGUCUCUGGUCCUUUCUGAAGUGCUUUAGGUUAGAUAGGUUUGCAGUAUGUGGGGUCAAAACUCUGGUCUCAGUAGGUUGAUGGCUCUUAGAAUAAGUAGGUGUUUAUUUAAUGCUUCCAUAUUUUGUUUGCAAGCUUUAUCAAUAGCUUAAUGACAGAAGAGAAAGGCUCAAACAGAUGAUGUUUUCCCAAAGAAAACAACUUGGUGGUUCUAUUUUGUGCAUGUUAAAGGAUUUUGAAUUGAUUUGGUUUUAAAAAUCAAAAAUCUUGAACUGUUUGUCUAUUUUCCCUUUCCUUCCCUUUUGGUUGCCUUUUCUGUCCCUCUGGAAGGAGUUUGGAGUCAUUUUGAAACCAUUCCUAAGAUUAUAAAUGGGUGGUGCAAAGAUUUUAGGUAACCUCUUUGCCCAUGUCCUGAGACCUGGGGGCUGUAAUGAAUUUUAUCAACAGCUGUCCUCAUUGCAGACAUUUCACAGCAUUUUUACCGUUUGUAAUAUUCCAUCCAGGAAAGACUAACAUUUGCCCUUUAUCUGAUAAUCUUCCAGGACAUACACACUCACUCGAGAUAGCGCUGCACAGCCACUAAGCGUGUUGGUGAUUUAUUGUAAGAAUGUUGGUCUUUAUUAUACUUUAUUAUACUUUUAAGAGAUACUGAGAUGUUUUUCCCCUGUAAGGGUGAGUGAGACAAAUUAGGAUGUUGGGGUUUUGUUUAUUUGGCUUGGUUUUCAUUAAAGGAACAAACUCACAUUGGACAGUUAAAGCUCCAUGAGUCGCAUAGUGUCCCCCAUAUUUUAAGAUGAGUGGUGCAUUAAAGCCCACGUCAAUGAUGUCUGUGCCCAACUUUCUUGACUGCAUUUAACAGGGACCACAGUUUAUUACUUGCUUAAAAAAGAAAGCAAAUGCACACUAUUAUGAUUACUUGACUAGUGCUCAUUUUUUGUUCUUCUGUUUUCUUAGGAUAUGUACUUUUAAUUUAGGAUUAUAACUCCUGUUAAUGUUUCUGUGAGCCUUUAAUGUGAUUUGUAGGAAGGUUGAGUUACUGAAAUCACCGUUAGCCCUCUUCUAUAAAAGUACUCCCAAAUUAGACCUGCUUGUUGGGCAGAAUUCAGUGGACAGAACGUUGGUGUUGGCUUCGUCUAUGGAGGUCUAAUAAGCUUGUUGUUGAGUGGUCCUCCUCCACAGGGUCGUGGAGGCCCAAAACAAAGCACAGCAGGAAUUGACAGCAGGCUUACUGGUACCCAUGUGUCCCUCAUCUGUGGCCUACUACUUUUGCCACCUCCCUGUCCAGCAGACAUGAAGCCGAAGCAAAAGGUAGCUAUCUGGAAUGGAAGUGCGUGGUGUAAUCGAGGCAGAUACUUGCAUUUGCUUUAGUUGGAAAGAUCUAGCCACUUUAUAAAUAUUAGAGAGGUGCUUUGGGCCUGAUCGGGAUAGGAGACAUCGUAGCUGGAAGUCCAUUUACUCUCAUUGGAGAAUCGGAUAUCCGAGAGGAGAGGUCCUGCACCUGUCUUCUGCAGGUUGCUCGUGGGGAAGCCACACUUUCUAGCCUGAGAAUCCAAAGGAGGAGGUAACUAGUGGCAGAGUUGGGAUGCCAGCUGAUCUUGGGGACUCUAAGUCAAGUCCUCUACCCUCAAGCAGUACUCAAAAUAGAUUAGAAGGGUUUCUUCUAUUUACCAUGUUGAAUUUUAUUUACUUAGUAGGUUUUAAAGCAUGCAAACAUGUUUCAGUGAGUUUUAGAUCUAGAUAUUUCUCUUGGAUUGAAGCAAAAAAUAAAAUUUGAAGGGAAAGAGUAUGAUUGAACUAUUUGUUCUUCUGAACACCUCACCUUUCAUGAUGCAAUAAAUUACUGUGAGUUUCUUGGCAGAACUUUUGACAGCUGUUGCUCUGAAUAUAUUCCAUUCCUGUAUUCCUUAUGGGAGUUUGUUUUUAAAAUAGACUACUGCGAUUGAAAUGAAUUCAAUAUGUAGUAACUUACAGUCGUCUUCGAUGUAUCUUCAGUUACGUGGGUUGCAAAUGUUCAAUUUCAGCAUAUUUUAGGGGAGUAGUAAAAAACAUGAAUUGUCCUUUGACUUCCUACCAAUGUCUGAACUCUCAUAAAGCACUCUUCUUUUCAUAUGUGACUUGAUUCUAUAGUUUGCUUAUAAGUGAUCAUUUGUUUCUUAGAAACGAUCUCACAACCAUGGUAAUAAUAGAUGUGGACUCAGAAGAUCAGUAAGAAAAUUACCUGGAAUGGAUGUUUUUCUUGCAAUUAAGACAGGCAUUUGCAGAUGUCGUCUUCUAAGCAGUAGUUGGAAAGAGCUCAGUUACAGUAUAACACCUCACAGCUAAAAACCUUUGUUCAACACAAACUUCAGUCACACCUCCUGACCAGACGUCUCCAAAGGAAUGUGAUUUUAAAAGUAUUAAAAAAAAAAAGAAUUUCAAAUAUCAUAGCAACCAGAUCUUCCCAUAUUAUUGACAAGCAGGACUUGAUAGGUGGUGGUUUGAACAUUAUGAAUGUGAACAAAGUGUAAGAUCAGUUGGAAGCUCUUUUUUCUCCUUUCAUUAAAUAGAAGAGUGGUGACUUUGCUUUCUCUUUCUGACUGCUUACCCUGUUUUAAAUGUACUCUUAAACUCUGAUUUCAAAAGGAUCUCUUGAAUUUACAUGUUAGCUAUGGGUGUUUUGUUAUGUUCUUUUUUUGCACUGUGACUCGGUGUGCUUCAGGUUUCUAGUAAGAAGUGGGGAUCUGCGUUUUUGGAAUUCUAAGGUGGCAUCUGACUUUGCUUUCAGCACAGGCUGAGGGCUACUGCCUGCCAGUGCCAGCGGCUCACGUCACUGAUGGCACUUUGCGUGUGAGUCUCACUCUGUGAGCCACCCUGCUUUGCUUAUUUGCAUUGAGAAAUGCAUCUAGUUUUGUGACCCUUCCAAGAGCAAAAGAACAGACAUAGGGGAUCAGACUUCAAAAGCCGCACAUAGGCCAAGGACUGCUGCCCUCCUCCAAGACAGGCUUUCAGCAGUUGCCUUACAAGUGCUCCGUGGAACAGCCAGUGUGUUAAUGUGAGCAGCACAGCCCAGGGGCACAGUUCCUCUUAGGCUUACGUACUUACCUUCUGCAUUUGCUAGCUUACGUGAUGAUAAAGCAGUCUUUUCUAAAAGGCAUUGCAGGGUUUCAGUUGAGAGAAACCUUGAUCUGCUCUUAAUAACUGGAAAAUGUAUUUGUGUUUUGUGAGUUUUCCUGUCUUUCUCUAAGCUCAGGUCAUGGCUGUGGGAAGCUGGAGAAAAUGGGCUUAUGACUCUGAAGAGCAGAGGACACGGGACUUUUAAGAGGGCUUGAAUCAGAAUUUGAGGGCAAAUUCAACACUAGGGAAAUUCAGGGACCAGUUCCAGCCUACUACAGUACUCUUUUGCACAACAGGAUGGACCCUAAAGGUCCCUCCUAGAGCUCUGCACUUGGAAUGGUGCUGCUGAUGGAAGAACCCCAUCGUGUGGCAAUUGGAUCAGCCGAGUUGUGUUGUUUUUGUUUCGUUUUAAGGCAGCUUGUAUGAGGGCUUCAACUGUCCCCAUCUUGGGAACCGGGCGUGCCCUUUUCUUCAGCACCGCCAUUCUGUCUGUCUGCAGCACAGAUAUGUUUGGGAAAGCUGGAGGCAGGAAGGGCCAUGUCAGUCUUCAUCACAGUGGGCCAGGAGAGAGAAUGAGCUGACGAUCUAUUUUAACCUCAAGAAUAAGAGUGUAUAUUUUUUCACUGCAGGUACAUUGAACAGUAAAAUGAGUAACAGCAGAGUAUAUAUUUGAUGCCUUCUUUCUCUUUCAUGAUAAUGUGCUAACAAGUUGUGUUAAUGUUUUACUUAGCCAGAAUUUUAUUCAUUUGCUAGGCUUUGGAAACAUUAUGUAUAUUGGUCUUAAAGAAAUAAGCAUAGGGUAACCUAUAUUUGGAUUGUGACUUGUAGACUCAAACUAACCUUACUGCCUCUCUUUCACACUUGUUGAAAAGUCUGUGAAGAACAUAGUAGGUGAAAAAUCUCCAACUUUGGAAAAUGUACAUGAUGUGAAACUGGAGAGCUAUGUUAAAAAUAAAUGUAUGAUAACUAAAUGUUU